AUGCGUGACCCGACGUUCACGGCCGCGCCCGUGCAGGGCUACCGCGGCCUGGUGCGCUUCGAGGGCAUGGGCAACGACGCCAGCCGGGACCGCUGGGUGGACCUCUGCUCGGAGGAGGUGAAGCCGCGCUUGCUGGUGCAGCGGCUCAUCGGCACUCGCACGCUGCCCGACGACUUCCACCGGAAGGUGGUGGCCGGCCUCAGCUCCCAGCUCGCGGUGGGUCAGACGGUGGAGGUGGUGGACAAGAGCUGCAUCAGCCAGGUGCACCCGGUGGGCUGGGCGCGCGCCGUCGGCCACCGGCUGUCGGCGCCGGACGACUACCUGGCGCGCUGCGAGACGGGCUCCUUCCUGCCCGCGGACGCCACGCAGGACUGCCUGCCGGCGCCGCCGCCCAUCACGCACGAGGGCUUCAAGGUGCGUAUGAAGCUGGAGGCGCUGGACCCGCUGAACCUGGGCAGCAUCGGCGUGGCCACCGUCAUGCAGGUGCUGGGCAACCACUUCCUGAUGGUGCGGCUGGAGUCGCUGCCGCCGGAGCCGGGGCGCGCCGACGCCGACUGGUUCUGCUACCACGCCAGCUCGCCGUACAUCUUCCCGCCGGGGUUCUGCCGGACCGUGGGCGUGGCGCUGACGCCGCCGCACGGCCACGCGGCCGACACCUUCAGCUGGGAGGCGUACCUGGCAUCGCAGCCGGGCGCGCAGGCGGCGCCGCCGGGCCAGCGGCUGGAGGCGGUGGAUCUCAUGGACCCGCAGCUGGUAUGCGUGGCGACUGUGGCGGCCGUGGUCGGGCGCCUGCUGCGCAUCCACUUCGACGGCUGGGAGGAGCGGUUCGACCAGUGGGUGGACGCGUCCAGUCCGGACAUAUUCCCGGUCGGCUGGUGCCGGCUGGAGGAGGAGGAGGACGUACGUCCUCCGCCGACGGAGAAGGGGGACCGGCGUCCUUCGUCGCCGGAGAAGGACCGGCAUCCGUCGCGGGAGGAGGAGGAGGAGGACCGGCGUCCCUCUCCGGAGGAGGGGGAGAAGGACCGGCGUCCGCCAGAGGAGGAGGAUGCUGUUGCUGCGUCCGGUGAGCAGGCGGCUGAGGACGUAGGCGAGCAGGCGCCGGCAGAGGCACAGACCUUUCCCGAAGAGGACCAGCUGGAGCUGGAGCUGUUGUAA